GGCCGGAGCUGCUCAGCCAAUGAGCAGCGAGAUAGCUGCGGCGCGCGACUGCGUUGGCGCGCUGCUAGAGCAUCAUGGCGGACCAGAUGGAGACGGAUCUGGACAUGACAGCGACAGAAAGCGGCCCAAAGACGGAUACCGAGGGCCCCGGGCCUGCGCCCAAGGGCUCCGGCAGCGGAUACGAGUUGCCCUGGGUGGAGAAGUACCGGCCACUGGAGCUCAGCCAGAUUGUCGGGAACCAGGAGACCGUAAGCCGCCUGGAAGUGUUCGCGAGGGAGGGAAACGUCCCGAACAUCAUCAUAUCAGGUCCACCUGGGACAGGGAAGACCACCAGCAUCCUGUGUCUGUGCCGCGCACUGCUAGGAGUCCACAUGAAGGAGGCGGUGCUGGAGCUCAACGCCUCCAACGACAGAGGAAUUGAUGUGGUGAGAAACAAGAUAAAGAUGUUUGCCCAGCAGAAAGUGACUCUUCCCAAAGGACGGCACAAAAUCAUCAUCCUGGAUGAAGCAGACAGCAUGACGGACGGAGCACAGCAGGCACUGCGGCGGAUCAUGGAGAUCUACUCGAAGACGACUCGCUUUGCUCUGGCCUGCAACGCGUCCGAUCGUAUCAUCGAGCCCAUCCAGUCGCGCUGCGCCGUGCUGAGAUACUCGAAGCUGACUGACGCACAGCUGCUGGCACGGCUGCAGGAAGUGGUGGAGCGCGAGGGCCUGAGCGUGUCGGACGACGGGCUGGAGGCCGUCAUCUUCACCGCACAGGGCGACAUGAGACAGGCACUGAACAACCUGCAGUCCACACACGCCGGCUUCGGACGCAUCGACAGUGAGAACGUGUUUAAGGUGUGUGACGAGCCACACCCGCUGCUGGUGAAAAGCAUGCUGGGACACUGCGUGAGCGGGAACAUCGACGAUGCAUACAGCGUGGUGGAGCAGCUGUGGGCGCUGGGAUACUCUCCAGAGGACAUCAUGGGAAACAUCUUCAGGGUCUGCAAAAGCUACAACAUGGCCGAGUACCUGAAACUGGAGUUCAUCAAGGAGAUUGGUUACACGCACCUGCGUGUUUCUGAAGGAGUGAACUCUCUGCUGCAGAUGGCUGCUCUGUUGGCUCGUCUCUGCAGCAAGACAGCGCCACCAGCUGCCAGCUGAAAGCCGUGAGGGUGAUAGCGCACGAGGCGACGGCGUAACGUCCUCCUGUACAUCUUUGUUUUUGACUGUAUUGUUGUUACUUUGUGUCGUUGCAAUAAAGUUUUCAGUAGUGAACACGUAUCUAAAGACCGUUUCAGUUCUAAUGUGAAACAUGCUAUUUUUAAUAAAACAGCCAUGAUACAGUA